AUGGCGCCGAAUCAACGUCAACGUCAGCUUUUUAUUUCCAAGAAAGAAUUGAAAAAGUUGAAUGGCAGAAGAUUUUCAAAACCUGAAGAAUCCUCUGAUAUUGGUCUUAUUUAUCCUUGUGUGGAUACAGCAUUUAAAUUACUUCUAUCUGCUAGAUUUUGUUCUGCUAUAUGGAGUCAUAUAACAGAUUGUGAUGAAACAUAUAAUUAUUGGGAACCAAGUCAUUAUCUACUUUAUGGCAAUGGUCAACAAACAUGGGAAUAUAGCCCACAAUAUGCAUUAAGAUCAUACAUGUAUUUAUUGAUUCAUAUGGUACCAGCAAAACUUUAUCAUUACUUGUUAGAACCAAAUCCUGUUUUAGUUUUCUAUUUUGUAAGAUGCCUAUUAUCUGUGGGUUGUGCAUUGUCUGAAGUAUAUUUUUAUAAAAAUGUAUGCAGAGAAUUUGGAAUUCACAUAGGCAGAUUAACAUUAGUAUUUCUCAUUCUUAGCUCUGGCAUGUACAUUGCUAGUGCUGCAUUUUUACCAUCCUCCUUUUCAAUGUAUUUGAGUACUAUUGCAACAGCAGCAUGGUAUGGGCGUCAGUAUGAAUUAGCAAUUUUUGCUACAGCUUUAUCUACUUUAUUAGGAUGGCCAUUUGCAGCAUUACUUGGGUUACCAAUUGCAAUAGAAAUGUUAUUACAUAAACAAGAAUGGAAUAAAUUUAUAAAAUGGGUAGUAAUAUCUGGUACUGUUGUUUUAAUACCAAUGAUAUGGAUUGAUUCAAUGUAUUAUGGUAAACUAGUUAUAGCACCUUUAAAUAUUGUAAUGUACAAUGUUUUUACUAAUCAUGGGCCAAAUAUUUAUGGAAUAGAACCUUUCAGCUAUUAUAUUUAUAAUGGAUUUUUAAACUUUAAUUUCGUUUUUAUUGGUGCUAUUUGUGCUCCAUUUGGAUUGUUUUUAGUGUGGCUAAUUGUACCAGCUAGACCAAGAGAUCGUUUAUGUUUAUCUUACUGGUAUUCUUUGGCGCCAUUGUAUCUUUGGUUUCUAGUGUUUUUUUCACAACCUCAUAAGGAAGAACGAUUUUUGUUUCCUGUGUAUCCAAUGAUUUGCAUGGCUGGAGGUAUAGCUGUAGAUACUAUUCAAAAAUUAUAUUUUUUUAUCAGGACAAAAAUUAGUUCUUUACAUAUUGCUUAUCAUUAUUUGCAAUAUACUGUUUAUAUUACAUGUUUUGCUAUUUUAAUAUGUGGUCUUCUUGGAAUAUCAAGAUCAUUGGCAAUAUAUAAAGGUUAUUAUGCACCAAUGGAAGUACUGAUUGAUACUAAUAAACUUGGUUUAGAAAGAGAAAUAUCUAAGGAUAUUAAUAUUAAUUUUUGUAUUGGUAAAGAAUGGCACAGAUUUCCAAGUAGCUUUUUCUUUCCAUCAAAUAAUUGGAAACUUCAAUAUCUAAGGUCAGAAUUUAAAGGUCAAUUACCACAAUCUUUUUUAAACCAUGAAAAUGCAACUAGUAUUAUACAACCCUAUUUUAAUGAUAUGAAUAAAGAAGAAUCUACACGUUAUUUUAAUUUAGAUAAAUGCCAUUUUGUGUUAGACUUGGACAAUGGUAUUGAAACAAUUUUAGAACCAAAUUAUUCUCGAUUCAAUGAUAAUUUCACAAUAAUAAAAUCAUCCAAAUUUUUAAAUUCAGCAAAAUCACACCGAUUUUUCCGAGCAUUUUAUAUUCCUUUCUUAUCUGAUAAAUAUUGUACAUAUGACUCAUAUAAUUUAUUACAGAAUAUUAAAUUGAAAUCAAUUCCUCUUUUGUCAAAAGAAAAGAAUACAAAAUCUGUUUAAGUAAAAAUUUUAGAACAUAUAUAUGAUUUUGAUAAACAGGGUCUCUAUCAGGGAAAUUACAUGUUUGAUAUUUCAAAUGGACUGUAUAAUAAAGGAUAAAACAAAAUAAUUUAAAAAUAAUAAAUGAAAAUGAAAAAAACAAAAAUGAUUAAAACUUAAAACUUGCAAAUAUAAAA